GGUUGCGUUGGUUCUUUCUGGUCUUGUCGGUGGAUGCGAGCGGGGAGCUGCAGAGAGGGAGCCGGUCAUGAGGCGCUGCUAGAGGCGGCACGGGCAGAGCGGGUGACCACAUAGCAGUGCUCGGGAUCUACGUGACAUUGGCCGUCGGCGCUGUCCCCACAAAGAGCCCGACAUGUUCCAUCCAGGCUGCCUGCUGGCUUGUCUUCAGCUCCUCUCUGUCUGUCAAGUCGGUUUGGUAUCUGGCUAUAGACAGCAGCGAAAAAUAAUUGAAGAUAUAGAUUGGUCCUAUACAGAAAGCUUAAGCCAAACAAAUUGGGUGAAGAAAUAUCCAGCAUGCAACGGUGCCAAACAAUCUCCCAUCAACAUUGAUGAGGAUCUCACACAGCUGAAUAUGAACCUGAAGAAACUAACAUUUAAAGGCUGGGAACAAACAUCGAAUCACACUUUAAUUCGAAACACAGGAAAAACAGUGGAAAUUAAUUUAACAGGAGAAUAUUAUCUUAGCGGUGGUGCCUUAGAUACAGCUUACCGAGCUAGCAGAAUAACGUUCCAUUGGGCAAAAUGCAAUGCUACGUCAGAUGGAUCAGAACACAGUUUGGAAGGCCAGAAAUUCCCUUUAGAGAUGCAGAUCUUCUGCUUUAAUGAUGACGAGUUUGAAACUUUCGAUGAUGCGAUAAAAGGAAAUGGAAAACUGAAAGCUUUAUCGAUUUUAUUUAAGAUUGGUCAAGAAAACACUAAUUAUAAUGCAAUCAUCAAUGGAGUUGAUAGUGUUCAUCGGUUUGGUAAGAAGGCUGAACUAGAACCUUUCAUUUUGCUGGACCUUCUGCCAAACUACACAGACAAAUAUUAUACGUACAAUGGAUCUCUGACGACUCCCCCAUGUUUAGAAACAGUGGAAUGGAUUGUAUUUAAGGACACGGUAACCAUUUCUGAAGCACAGCUGGAAUAUUUCUGUGAGAUCCUCACUAUGCAGCAGUCCGGGUAUGUCAUGGUGAUGGACUACUUACAGAACAACUUCAGGCAGCAGCAGACCACGUUCUCUGGACAAGUGUUCUCCUCCUAUACCGGAAUAGAGGAGAUACUGGAGCCAGUUUGUAGUUCAGAACCAGACGACGUCCAGGCUGAAUCUCAGAACAGCACAAGCCUUUUAAUUACUUGGAAGAGGCCUCGGGUUGUUUAUGAAGCUGUUAUUGAGAGAUAUGUAGUCUAUUAUCAGCAGCUACAAGGAGAAGACCAAGCAAGACAUGAAUAUCUGACAGAUGGCUACCAGGAUUUGGGCGCUAUUUUGUAUAAUUUAAUGCCCAACACGAGUUACGUACUUCAAGUUGUAGCACUGUGCAGCAAUGGCUUGUAUGGGAAACGCAGCGAUCAGGUGGUCCUUGACCUGACUACGGACAGCCCAGGAAAUGACCUCUUUAUUGACGUGACAGAGACUGAAGAAGAUGUGGAGGACAGCGAAGAAGAUGAAAAUGAAAAGAUGUCUGCAAUACCACUGAGCACUGUCAGCACUCGAAAUCAAAUACAUGGGCAAGAAGUUCAAGCAACAACUUCUCAAUACAUGAAAGAGCUGAGUUCUCAGCCAUACAACCCAACACCAGAAACAUGGAAGGACCUACCACAUGGGCAGCCUGAUCGUCUAAAAAAUCUGUUGUAUCCAACUUUGCAGUCUACAGUGAAGUCAUCUGUUGUUACACCUCUUGAUGCACAUAGAGUGAAAACCACUGAACGAGAAGAAGAAGCACAGGUCAAUAAGACUAACGAGCUGAAAAGUAAGGUUGAAAUAUGGAUACUCAAUAUCUCUGACAGCACAAGACCACCUGUUGAAAAUGAUAGUCAUACCAAUGCUAUUAAUGAUCUUCCGGUGGCCACUACAGGUUGGAAAAGAAGGAUCUUGAUGCCCACUGAGAAAUCUCGUUACAGUGAUAAUGACACCUCCUUCACUACUACAGCCACCUUUACUUCUGUGGACACUCCAGUAAAAACCACUCAGGAAGAUAACAUUUCUGCGCAGUCUCCACAAUCAAGUUCCAGUGAAGAUUUAUCCCCUGGCACUGAUAGUGAUUUUGUAAACCUAGCGACCGAUGAGCCACUCGAUGUACUGAAUGCUACUUCUCAACCUGAUGUUCUUACAGAGGAGAUGAGGCGCGUGGUCAAUAUGGUUAUUCCUAAUGAAAUUAUAUCAUCAUCAGCAGCUCCCAGCAGUGCAGAGCUGCUACCAUCUACUUUGCUUCCAGAAUUAGAGAAGCCCUAUGUUUCAGCAUCUACUUUCCCCCCUCUGGAAACAUAUCAUUCGGUCUCUCCAAGCCUUGAACAGCAUGGUUCUGCUUCUUCUGCGACUGAGGUACUCUCUCAGACAACCCAACCAGUAUCGAAUGCUGAUUCUCCAGACAGUGAGAGUCCUAGCACAUUAUCAAUGUUAACAGCUACACCUCAAACAACAACUGAUGUGUUUUCUACUGUCAGCACUUAUACCAAAACGGGCCCUUCUGUAGUGGAUGAUGGCGAUCUUGUAGCUAGAACAGAUUCCACGCCACCUACAGAACCCCAAGAGAAUGCAGUAGCUGAUACUAGUAGUUAUGUGUACAGCGGGAUGGAGAAGAGUCAUCUCAGUGUCAUCGAAACCACUGAGCAGCCUGAAGAAGGAAGCAUGUUAUCAACAGUGGCAUCAUCUGACAGCCCAACAAGCCAUGACAUGGAAGAAACAAGCCAUUCAACACCUCCAGGUACUGACCUGAAGAAGCACAGUGACCCAGCUGUUCUGGAAACACACAUUCAGACUGAUAAUGCUGCCUUGGAAAAUACAUCUGAGUCAAGUUCUUGGGCAGUACUGACUGGUGAUGAAGAAAGUGGUUCAGGUCCAAGUACCUCAGAUAGUCUUAGUGAUAACGAGACCUCUACAGAUUUCAAUUUUUCAGACCUUAAUGACAGAGACAAAGACUUUGAGGUUGCAGUUGAACCAGGUAAAGCAGAUUUAACUCCUGGAUCUGAAAUGACAUCAGCACCGUCUAUAACUGUCGAUCGUUCAACAGUAGUCAACGAGACUGAGGCAGAGGCAAGUAAUAGUAGCCAUGAGUCUCGUGUUGGUCUAGCAGAAGGUCUGGAGUCAAAGGAGAAGACAAUUAUACCAUUAGUGGUCGUGUCAUCCCUGACCUUUAUCUGUCUUGUGGUUCUUGUGGGUAUUCUUAUAUACUGGCGGAAAUGCUUUCAAACUGCACAUUUUUACUUGGAGGAUAGUACAUCACCAAGAGUAAUUUCCGCUCCUCCUGCACCAUUGUUUCCAGUUUCAGAUGAUGUUGAAGCAAUACCUUUGAAGCAGUUUGCUAAACAUACUGCAGAUCUACAUGCAAGCAGUGGGUUCAAUGAAGAGUUUGAGACACUGAAAGAGUUUUACCAGGAGGUUCAGAACUGCACUUCGGAUUUAGGCAUAACAUGUGAUAGCUCAAACCAUCCGGACAACAAGAAUAAGAACAGAUACAUAAACAUUGUUGCCUAUGAUCACAGCAGAGUUAAACUUUCACAAGUGGGAGAAAAGGAUGGAAAGCCAACUGAUUACAUUAAUGCAAAUUAUGUCGAUGGUUACAAAAAGCCUAAAGCCUACAUUGCUGCUCAAGGGCCUCUGAAAUCAACUGCAGAAGAUUUUUGGAGAAUGAUAUGGGAGCAUAAUGUAGAAGUUCUUGUCAUGAUAACUAAUCUGGUUGAGAAGGGAAGAAGGAAGUGUGACCAGUAUUGGCCAACCGACGGCAGUGAAGAAUAUGGCACUUUUUUGGUUACUCAGAAAAACACUUGUGUCCUGGCUUAUUAUACCGUGAGAACAUUUACACUACAGAACAUCAAGAUUAAGAAGGGUUCCCAGAAAGGAAGACUGAAUGAGCGGCUGAUAACUCAGUACCAUUAUACGCAAUGGCCUGAUAUGGGUGUACCUGAAUAUUCUCUCCCUGUUCUGACUUUUGUAAGAAAGGCCGCCAGUGCCAAGCAUACCUCCAGUGGACCAGUUGUUGUACAUUGCAGUGCGGGUGUUGGAAGAACUGGAACAUACAUUGUUCUGGAUAGCAUGCUGCAGCAAAUUAGACAAGAAGGCACCGUAAACAUUUUUGGCUUCUUAAAACAUAUCCGAACUCAGAGAAAUUAUUUGGUACAAACCGAGGAACAGUACAUCUUCAUUCAUGAUGCUCUGGUUGAGGCCAUUCUGAGCAGAGAAACUGAAGUAGCAGAGAGUCAUAUUCAUGCAUAUGUUAAUGCUCUCCUAACAACGGGCCCAUCUGGAAAAACGAGACUGGAAACACAGUUCAAGUUACUAAGUGAACCCAAUAUCCUCCAGUGUGACUACUCAACAGCAUUAAAGCCACACAACAGGGAUAAAAACAGAACCUCGUCCAUUAUUCCAGUUGAACGAUCAAGAGUAGGCCUUUCUUCACUGGGAGGAGAAGGAACUGAUUAUAUUAAUGCAUCCUACAUUACGGGCUACCAUGAAAGUAAUGAAUUCAUUAUAACACAGCACCCGCUGUUACACACUAUAAAAGAUUUCUGGAGGAUGAUCUGGGACCACAAUUCUCAGAUAAUUGUAAUGCUUCCUGAUAACCAGAUCAUGGCUGAAGAUGAAUUUGUCUAUUGGCCAAACAGAGAUGAACCAAUAAUCUGUGAAACUUUUACUGUAUCUUUGGCUGGAGAAGAACAUGUUUGUCUUUCUAAUGAGGAGAAACUCAUUAUCCAAGAUUUUAUGUUAGAAGCUACACAGGAUGAUUAUGUUCUGGAAGUAAAACAUUUUCAUUGUCCAAAGUGGCCAAAUCCUGACAGUCGAAUAAGUAAGACGUUUGAGCUUGUAAAUCUGAUCAAGGAAGAAGCGGCUAAUAAAGAUGGACCUGUUGUUGUCCAUGAUGAGUAUGGAGGAGUAACAGCUGGAACAUUCUGUGCUCUGUCUACUCUGACGCAACAACUAGAGAAUGAAAACUCUGUAGAUGUUUAUCAGGUUUCCAAGAUGAUCAAUCUGAUGCGACCAGGGAUUUUCACAGACCUAGAGCAGUAUCAAUUUUUAUAUAAGGCUAUUCUGAGUCUGGUGAGCACAAGGCAGGAGGGACAGGUGGCGAGUAUGGAGAGUAAUGGAUCUGCUGUACCAGAUGGGAACACAUCAGAAAGCCUGGAGUCCUUAGUUUAAUUAUGGGAAACAUCGGCCUGCUCAUCAUGUACUUGUCUGAAACUUCUUCCAGCACUAUUUUUGUACAUGACUUUUGCUUACUAUUAACAAUUAAUAAUGUGUGCCUUGGGGAAGAUUUUGUAAUCCAUAAUUCAUGUGAUCUCAUGAUUAAUUGGACCAGUCAUGGCAGUGUUUUAUAAAUGGAGUUGUCAUAUAUUUGCUCAGUAUUAGUUUACUACUAGCACAUUUUUAAUCUUUCGACUCUUGAUAUUUAUAGCUGCGUACUUAUGUACUGUGUAGUAAUGUGGUAAUGCUUACAUGUAGUCGUUUUAUAGUCUUAAUAUUGAAUUGUAAAUAGUACAUCAUUUCAAGGAAGAAACUAUGCGUAGCUAAGGAAGUAAUAACCUAACAUUUAAUGUAAAUACUGUUUGUGACUUCAUGGACCAAAUUUAUAUUUAUAAUUGUAGAUUUUUAUAUUUGAUCGCAGAGUCCGUUUUUUAGCUAUUUGUAUUUGCAUUGUCACAUUGAUAUACUCAGUUUUUAUUGUAACUAGGUGGUCUGACCUGUUUAUGCAACACACAUCUUUAAUGAUAUAAUUACUGCUACUUUGCAUGGAAUGUUAACUAUUACAGUAUGUAAUAAAUCUUAGAAAAUUGUUUGCAAUA